ACGUCUUGGAGCGCGCGCGGGAGCGAGCUUUGAAAGUUGACCACCGCGGUGGCUAGCCGGUUCUUGGGAGAUAAUGGUGGCUCUGCCGGGCCUUGGGAGUGGCCUGCAGCCCUGGUGCCCGUUGGAUCUCAGCCCUGAAUGGGUGGACACAGUGUGGGAACUGGAUUUUACAGAGACCGAACCUUUGGAUCCCAGCAUAGAAGCAGAAAUCAUAGAGUCUGGAUUGAAUGCAUUUAUAAAACUAUAUGAAAGUGUUUUUCCCUUUGCUACUGAAGAACAUGGAUCUACAGAGAGCAUAUGGACCUUCUUCAUUGAAAACAGUAUUUCUCACAGGGCACUGGUGGCAUUGUUCUAUCACUUUGUUCAAACAGUCCAUAAGAAAAGUGUCAGUGUGCAAUAUCGACAGUAUGGCCUUCAUGCUGCUGGGCUUUAUUUUCUGCUGCUGGAAGUACCAGGCAGUGUAGCCAAUCAAGUAUUCCACCAGGUGAUGUUUGACAAAUGUAUUCAGAUUCUAAAGAAGAGUUGGCCUCAGGAAUCUAACUUGAAUCGGAAAAGAAAGAAAGAACAGCCUAAGAACACUGAGGCUAAUCCAAGAGGAAAUAGGAAAAGAGGAAAGCCACCCAGGAAAGAAGAUAUUGAGGUGGAUGAACUAGAAGAACAGGAAGAUGAGGAAAGUAUUUGCUUUUCUGCCCGAGACCUUUGUCAAAUUCGAAAUGCCAUCUUUCACCUAUUGAAGAAUUUUUUACGGCUUCUGUCCAAGUUUUCCCUGAAAGAAAAGCCACAGUGUAUACAGAAUUGUAUAGAAGUCUUUGUUGCAUUAACUAAUUUUGAACCAGUUCUUCAUGAAUUUCAUGUUACACAGGCCAGAAGCCUUAACCAAGCAAAGUACAUACCAGAACUGGCCUAUCAUGGAUUGUAUUUGCUAUGCUCCCCAAUUCAUGGAGAGGGAGAUAAGGUUAUAGGUUGUGUUUUCCAUCAAAUGCUAAAUGUGAUAUUAAUGGUAGAAGCAGGCGAAGGAGCCCAUCGUGCUCCCCUUACUGUUACAUCACCAGUGAUCAACAGUAGAAACCAGGCAGUGCAGUUCAUCAGCUCACUUGUGGAUGAACUAAAGGAGAAUAUAUUCCCAGUCCUUCGUAUCUUACUCCAGCACAUCUGUGCCAAGGUGAUUGACAAAUCAGAGUACCGGACCUAUGCAGCCCAGUCCCUGGUCCAGCUGCUCAGCAAACUUCCCAGUAGGGAAUAUGCUACAUUCAUUGCUUGGCUUUACAGAUACUCACGAAGUUCCAAGAUCCCACACAGGGUUUUUACUCUGGAUGUUGUCUUAGCUCUGUUGGAACUGCCUGAAAGAGCGGUAGAUAACAGUCUCUCCUUGGAGCAUCAGAAGAUCAUAAAGCAUAAGUUCUUGGUGCAGGAAAUUAUAUUUGACCGUUGUGUAGACAAAGCACCAACCGUCCGCAGCAAGGCACUGUCCAGUUUUGCACACUGCCUGGAGGUGUCUGUUACCACUGCAUCAGAGAGCAUCCUGGAAUUUCUGAUUAACAGUCCUGCAGUUUCAAGAGCAGACAGCCACCCUGGUACCUUACUGAGAAAUUCAGCAGCUUUUCCGUAUCAGAGGCAAACACUUAACCCUUCUGGAGGCUCAGGAGUGAUCAGUAUAGACAACAGUGGUGAAACUGAUGGAUCUGGGGUGAGAUGUGUCAUGGGAAUGCUGAAAAAGAGAAUCAGGGAUGAGAAAACCAAUGUCCGGAAGUCUGCACUCCAGGUAUUAGUGAGUAUUUUGAAACACUGUGACAUCUUGGGUAUGAAAGAAGAGCUAUUGCUUCUGCAGGACCAGUGUCGGGACCCUGCAGUGUCUGUCCGAAAGCAGGCCUUACAGUCUCUUACUGAACUUCUCAUGGCCCAGCCUGGAUGUGUCCAGAUACAGAAAGCCUGGCUAACAGGGAUCAUUCCAGCUGUGAUGGACUGUGAGAGCACUGUGCAGGAAAAGGCUCUGGAAUGCCUUGACCAGCUCCUGUUGCAGAACAUUAAGCAUUAUAAUAAAUUCCAUACUGGAGACAACAGCCAGGUACUGGCUUGGGCACUUCUUACUCUCCUUAGUACAGAAAACCAGGAACUGAGCCGCUAUUUAAAUAAGGCUUUUCAUAUCUGGUCCAAGAAAGAGAAAUUCUCAUCCAGUUUUAUAAACAAUGUGAUAUCCUACACUGGCACAGAACAUUCUGCACCAGCCUGGAUGCUGCUUUCCAAGAUUGCUUGCUCAUCACCCAAGCUGGACUAUACCAAAAUAAUAGAGUCCUGGGAGAAAAUCAGCAGUCAACAGAAUCCCAAUCCAAACACCUUAGGACAUAUUUUAUGUGUUAUUGGGCAUAUCGCAAAGCAUCUUCCUAAGAGCACGCGGGACAAGGUGACUGAUGUGGUCAAGUGUAAGCUGAAUGGAUUCCAGUGGUCUCUAGAGUUGAUCAGUUCAGCUGUUGAUACUUUGCAAAGACUCUGUAGAGCAUCUGCAGAGACACCAAUGGAGGAACAGGAAUUACUGAAGCGGGUGUGUGGGGAUGUCCUCUCCACCUGUGUGCAGUCUCUGUCCAACAUAGUUCUGAAGGAAAGUGGCCCUGGGAAUGUGGAUGAAGACCUGUUCGUGAAGUACAUUUUUACCUUGGGAGAUAUAGCCCAGCUUUGUCCAGCCAGAGUGGAGAAGCGAGCCUUCCUUCUGAUUCAGUCCAUCCUCGCUUCUUCUGUUGAUGUGGAUCAUUCAGCAUCACCUCCAGGUUGCAGUGAAGCCCCAGCGUUUCAGCCACUCUCCCAGGUCAGAGGCUCUGUCAUGCCUUCCGUGAUCAGAGCACAUGCCAUCAUUACCUUGGGUAAGUUGUGCUUACAGCAUGAGGAUCUUGCAAAGAAGAGCAUCCCAGCUCUUGUGAGAGAGCUGGAGAUGUGUGAUGAUGUGGCCGUUCGCAACAAUGUUGUCAUUGUGAUGUGCGACCUUUGUAUCCGGUACACCGUCAUGGUGGACAAGUACAUUCCCAAUAUCUCCAUGUGCCUGAAGGAUUCAAAUCCAUUCAUCCGAAAGCAGACACUCAUCUUGCUUACCAAUCUCUUGCAGGAAGAAUUUGUGAAAUGGAAGGGCUCUCUGUUCUUUCGCUUUGUUAGCACUCUGAUAGAUUCACACCCGGACAUCGCCAGUUUUGGGGAGUUUUGCCUGGCUCACCUGUUACUGAAGAGGAAUCCUGUCAUGUUCUUCCAGCAUUUCAUUGAGUGUAUCUUCCACUUCAAUAACUAUGAGAAGCAUGAGAAGUAUAACAAAUUCCCCCAGUCAGAGAGAGAGAAGCGGCUGUUUUCACUGAAGGGGAAGACAAACAAGCAGAAACGAAUGAAAAUCUACAAGUUUCUUCUGGAGCACUUCACAGAUGAACAGCGAUUCAAUAUCACUUCUAAAAUCUGCCUUAGUAUUUUGGCAUGCUUUGCUGACGGCAUCCUGCCACUGGACAUGGAAGCCAGUGAGUUGCUCUCAGAUACAUUUGAGGUCCUCAGCUCAAAGGAGAUCAAGCUUUUGGCCAUGAGAUCUAAAGCAGAUAAGGACCUGCUUAUGGAAGAAGAUGACACAGCCUUGGCCAAUGCAGUCAUGCAGGAAGCUCAGAAGAGGCUCAUCUCACAAGUUCAGAAGAAGAAUUUCAUAGAAAAUAUUAUUCCAAUUAUCAUCUCCCUGAAGACUGUGCUAGAGAGAAAUAAGAUCCCAGCUUUGCGGGAACUCAUGACCUAUCUCAGGGAGGUGAUGCAGGAUUACCGCGAUGAAAUCAAGGACUUCUUUGCAUUAGACAAGCAGCUGGCGUCGGAGCUCGAGUACGACAUGAAGAAGUACAACGAACAGCUAGCCCAGGAGCAGGAGCUGGCGAGACUGGCAGACGUUGCUCCGAGUUUCGAAGGAAUGCCAGCUCUUGCUGGCCAAGAAGGUGCUGCUGUGCCCGCUGCUGCAAGCCAGCCCUCAACACCCAGGGCAGUUGCUGGCCAGGCACCGCCUCUGCCUUCUACCCUAGAGACAGGGCUAUUGAAGACACUUAUGCCCAAAGGCAGGCGCAUGUCCCUGAGCACCAUCGCAAUCCUGAAUUCUGUCAAGAAGGCUGUGGAGUCCAACAGCAGUCACCGGAGUCGGAGUACAGGAGGGUUGUCAUUCCCUUUGAGUUCUCAAAGCCUGGACAAAAUGUGCCAUCGUGCAACUUCCUACAGCCUGGAGCAGGAGUCCAGCGGAGCUGUUGACCAUGUAACGAAACGAGCGAUCAGCACCCCUGAGAGGACCAUCAAUGAUGUCACAUUUGGAGCAGGAGUCAGCUACAUAGUCACACCACGGACGCCUUCUUCAAUCAAAGAGAAAAUUGAAACCCAGUGUCAAGGAAAUGACAUUUUAUGUUUAUCACUUCCUGAUAAACCGGCCCCGCAGCCUCAGCAGUGGAACGUGAAGUCCCCAGCCAGAAAUAAAGAUAACCCGGCCCCCAGCAGGAGGUCACUCCGAAAGACCCCACUGAAAACAGCCAACUGAAACCGUGUGUUUGGGAGUGUCUGGGAGGCAAGAGCUCUAAGGACAUGGUGUGUCCUGUCUGCAGAGUCCGCUUCCCUCACCCCCAGGGAGAGGGCAGCUUUUAGUGUGCGAUACCAGAGACGUUCCUGUGAUUCCAGCCCGUAACUGUUCACCUGUGUGGGCUGACCAACCUUUUACAUUUCUCUUUAUGAAUAUAUGAAAUAUGAAAAAAGUUGUAAAAUAUUAGAGAAAUGUCUUAGCUAUUUAAAAUAUUCUAACUUUACUCCAUUUGAAAGUAUCAAGUUCAUUCUGGUAAACUGUAUUCUGGUCCUUAAGGAACACAACUUAACAGAUGAGUUUUCUAUUAUAUAAAUCAGGCCUCUGUUAUCUGUUUGGAAUUCCCUACAUAGUUUCCUGUAUCUAAUGAUGAAAGUUUGACUGUAAUUAUUUUUUUAUUCUUAUUUAUAAAUUAGAAGUUUUUAAAGUGUACAGCUUUCUAAAAUGGAAUAAUAAAGGUUAAACAUAAAUACA